CAGCGGGUUAAAGAGGGGGCGGGAAUCCGGGUCGUUUCCGGGUUGUCGCUGCGUCUUGUUGGUCUUCACAGCUUCUUCAAAUAACUGGAAUCAUGAACCAGCUGCCACGAGACACUGUGCGGCUGCUGUCCAGCUCCCAGGUCAUCACCUCCGUGUUGAGCGUUUUGAAGGAACUGUUGGAAAACUCCCUGGACGCCGGAGCUUCGAGCAUCGAUGUUAAACUGGAGAAUUAUGGUCUGGACCGGAUAGAAAUACGCGACAAUGGCCAAGGGAUCAAAGCCGCAGAUACUCCUGUUAUGGCAGUGAGACAUUAUACUUCAAAGAUCUGCUGCCACGAUGACCUGGAGCGUCUGGAAACGUACGGCUUCAGAGGAGAAGCACUGGGCUCCAUUUGUGCAGUGGCAGAGGUAGCCGUCACCACGAAGACAGUGGAGGAGGACAUCAGCGUCCAAUACAUGUUGAGCUUCACUGGGGAGAUUGUCUCUCAGAAGCCGUCUCACUUGGGUCAAGGUACAACAGUGAGUGUGCUGAAGCUGUUCAAGAAUCUCCCGGUGAGGAGGCAAUUCUAUUCCUCUAGCAAGAAGUGCAAAGAGGAGCUGAAGAAAGUCCAAGACCUGCUGAUGGCGUACGCUAUAAUCAAACCUGACCUGAGGCUCACGCUCGUUCACAAUAAGGUGGUGAUUUGGCAGAAGUCCAAGGUGGCCGAUCACAGAAGUGCCCUCGCUGCUACACUGGGACCCGGCGCUGUGGCCAACCUGCUUCCAUGCCACUACCACCAAGAGCAGCCAGAGAUCUCUUUAGAGGGUUUUUUCCCGAAGCCUGGAGCAGAUUACUCGUCUACCAGCUCAUGUAGCCCUGACAAAACUUUUCUAUUUGUCAACAACCGGCCGGUCCACCAUAAGGAUGUAAUGAAGCUGUUGCGUCAACACUACGCGGCUCAGUAUCCAGGUGACUCAGCCUCAAAUCGAUAUCCCACCCUUCUGCUAAAAAUGACCGUUUCACCCUCUUCAGUCGACGUCAACCUGACACCGGACAAGACCCAGGUUCUACUUGUUAACAAGGAGGCUGUGCUCACUGCUGUGGAGGCUUUGCUGGUUUCUCUCUAUGGCUUUAAACCUGGUAGUGAUCCCUCGGCUGAGACUGAUGCUUCACGACUCGUCACUGAGCAAAGUAAAGAAAUGGAUGUCGGUGUCGCCAACCACAAUGACAAUGGCAUCACUUUGUCUAUUGCAAAGGACUCUGAUAUAUCACUGCCCCCCCAGACCUCGAACAGCAGCUCUUCAUCUUCUGUGGCAGAGGACUGGAUCGUCAACCAGUCCAGCUUUUCUCUUUAUGAUGAUGAAAUGGCUCAGAGCUGCACUCAGACGACAGAAACAGACUCGGCAAACAAAUCUUCGGAAAGACUUGAGGACAAUGUGGGUUCAGUGACAGAAACAAACAAACACCAGAUCUCCGCUGAGGACUGGAGUCGUGGGACGGCCCUGACUGACCCUGUAUCCAGAGAACCCCUGCAGCCCGUUAAAAUCCACCAACCCUCCAAGCUCAAUGGUUCCGACCUGGAUGAGUUAAAGAGCCACAGCAGCUCGAACAAAAAGACGUUCAACAGCAUAAUAGAGAAGCGGGACGCUCUGACAGCCUACGACCUGAUCAGCAACCGUGCCAUCAGGGCGCCGCUCUCGUCUACCACCUCGUUGGAGAAGGAGGCCAGAGCCGAGGUCCUGAGGGAGGAACCCACAGCCGGCCUGCAGGAUGUCAGUGUCACCGCUCAGGAGAGGUGGAAAAAUCUGAGGGAGGACGACCAUAAGAAGUCUGAGGAGAAGGCAAAACAACACCAGGACCAAAGGACCAGGCUGGCCCCUGCUGAGGGCCCCAGAGAGCCCAGCGUGGGCUCCCCAAGGGGCCACGUGCGCAGCCUGAAACGCAAAGCCCCGCUGUCCAAUCAGCAGCUGCUGGACGAGCUCUUCUCUGCUCAGCCCCAGAGGAAGAUGAAGAACUCUCCACCUCGGCCCUCCCAGCCGCUCCCCUGCAGCGUGGCUGCCCUUCGGCUGCAGCUCCAGCGCCUCUCAUCCCAGCGCAGCGCGGCUCCACGGGGCCCCCGCCUUGUAAACCGCCUGGCCUCUCAGAACGCCUGGGUCAUUUUAUGUGGUCAGAGGCUCAUGUUGUUAAACCCAUUUCGAGUGGAGGAAGCCUUGCUGUUUAAGAGACUUCUAGAGAAUAAUAUACUUCCAGCUGAGAGACUGCAGAACCCUAUACAGUUAACAGAUGGAAAUCUAGGAGGAGCUGAAUAUACAGAUGUUUUGUGCAACAUGGAGAAACGAAGCCCUGAGCUGGACGGACGCUGCCUCUUCUCUGAUCCCAGGCUUGUAGCUAAUGGGUUUAAAAUCAAACUCACUCCAGGCCUCACAUCGGCCGACAGACAUCUGGAAGUGACAGCCAUGGCAGACUGUGUGCCGUUCCUCGGUGUGGACGACCUCAGGGAGAUCCUGACUGCAGUUCUUCACAGGAAGGCCCGGACCGUCCAGGAGAGCCGGCCGCUCAAAGUAACAAACUACCUUCAGGGAGAAGCUGUGCGACUUGCACGUCAGGUGACUACAAAUCUAUCCAGGGAAGAUGUGGAGGAAAUCCUGGUGCGCAUGGAGCAGCAGCUUGGGGAGAACAGCAGGUCCUGCAUCCACGGCCGGCCGUUCCUCCAGCACCUCUCUGACGUCCCUGUCACCGAGCAGGAAGCUCAGGCCCUGCUGACUCCAGAGCUGCAGACGCCUUCAUGAGAACUAACGCUUUGUUUCCAGUCUCUAAUGAUGUCGAACUUUGUUACAAGCAGAAUAUCAAAAUAAAGUGAUCAAGUAUGUGAGG